CGUGUUUACCGCGGUUGCUACACUUCCAUUAUAAAAGAGAGGGUGAGGCGGACCAAGACACCAGUACUUGCCCAACACACCCACCAUGAAGUUCGUGAUCCUCGCCGCCCUGGCCGCUGUGGCUGUCGCCGCACCCAAGCCUGACUACUCUCAGUCGUCCCAUGAGAGUGUAGAGCAUGUGCCCAUCCUGAAGGACGUCCGUGUUCACGAGGACGACGGCAGCUACAACUUCGACAUAGAGACUGGCAACGACAUUGUCCUAUCCCAGUCUGGCUCUCCUGACGGUCCUGAUGGCGCCGUGGUGAAGUCUGGAAGUUAUUCCUACACCGCUCCUGACGGCACCCCAGUUCAUGUGACGUUCGUCGCCGACGAGAACGGCUACCAGCCCCAGUCUGACCUGCUGCCAGUGGCUCCCGCCUUCCCCCACCCAAUCCCUCAGUUCGUGCUGGACCAGAUCGCCUUCGCUGCUGCAGAAGACGCUGCCCGUGGCUCUGAUGAGUCUGCUGAAGGUCCUUACCGCACCUACAGUGCCCCUUAGAGCUUAUAAACCCGAACUGGCCUGCAGGAACUUCUGGUAUAUUUAUUAUAUUUAUUCUCAAAUAAACAUUGGUUACAUAAUCCAUAAAUAUUUCGAUGAUU